GCUAACGUUAGCUAGCUGGUGGGUUUUGGAAAAUGUUGCGCUCUUGAUUUUAUUUCUGUCUUUUUAUUCAUCGAGCGAGGCUCAGCCUGAACUAAAUCACCACUCCACCGACAGUGUGAAGACUCAGGCAAAAAAUAAGCCGCGGUGUGUGUUGUUGGAGAGAUUUAUUGAGGAGUUUAUAGGCGGUUGUGUGUGUGUGUUUGUGUAGCGGGAGGGGGUCGUGUUUCCUCCGGUCAGCUGUCCAUCAGUUCAGCGUCAGUGAGGAUUGUGGGAAACAGCAGCUAUGGCAGCUCCAGUAAACAUCCAGACUCCAAGUAAGACCUGGGAGCUGAGUUUGUAUGAGCUGCACAGGAGCCCUCAGGAGGCGAUCAUGGACGGGACGGAGGUGGCGGUGUCUCCUCGCUCUCUGCACAGCGAGCUGAUGUGUCCCAUCUGUCUGGACAUGUUGAAGAACACCAUGACCACCAAAGAGUGUUUGCACCGCUUCUGCUCCGACUGCAUCGUCACCGCCCUGCGGUCAGGGAACAAAGAAUGUCCGACCUGCAGGAAGAAGCUGGUUUCCAGACGUUCGCUGCGCCGAGACUCAAACUUUGACGCGCUGAUCUCGAAGAUUUACCCGAGCCGCGACGAGUACGAGGCCCACCAGCGCCGAGUCCUGGACCGGCUGAACAGGCUGCACAACAAGGAGGCGCUGAGCUCCAGCAUUGAGGAGGGGCUCCGCCAGCAAGCCCGCUACAGGUCCGAGAGGAACCACCGUGUGAAGAAACCGACUCAGGAAAGUGACAACACCACCUUCAGUGGCGGAGAGGAUAACGGUGACGCCCGAUCACACCUGUCCCACGACUCCGCCCCCUCACAUACCCCCCACCCGUGUGGUCAGACCCCCUCGGAGGCCGGGCCGAGCCGCAAGAGACCGCGAGUCUCAGAUGACGGCUCGGGGCCCGAGGCGGACAGCGGGAGCCCGACGCCUCCACUGAGACGCCACAAAGAAGGACCGGCCUCGGAGAUCGAGCUGGUGUUCAGACCACACCCACAGCUGGUCCACGCCCAGGACUACAACCAGACCAGAUACGUGAAGACGACCGCCAAUGCCACAGUGGACCAUCUGUCCAAAUACCUCGCUCUGCGAAUCGCUCUGGAGGACAGACGGACCAACGGCGAGGCAGAGGACAGAGACAGAGAGAGAGAGGAGGGAGGUGGCGGAGAGGAAGGAGGAGCGGAGGAAGGAGGAGAAACAGGAGGAGCUGCUGGAGGCGGAGAGGGGUCGAGUCUGACCAACAUCAGCGAGAAACAGUACACCAUCUACAUCAUGACCAGAGGAGGACAGUUCUCCACGCUGAACGGCUCUCUGACUCUGGAGUUGGUCAAUGAGAAAUACUGGAAGGUCAGGAAGCCUCUGGAGCUUUACUACGCCCCAACCAAGGACCAACAGCAGCCACAACCACAGCAGCCACCCCAACAGAAGUCUCCUCCUCCUGCUCCACAGAGGGAGGGGAGGAUUCACCAAGAAGAAAAAAACCAAACCACUAAUUAACAGCUGGUAAAUCAGCAGAUUAUUUUCUGACAGUUUAUAACCCGUCACUGUGGCUGAUGGACCUGGAGAUGAGCGGGACCACUUUGUUUUCUCCUGAUAUGAAGCAUCUGACUUAUUAACUUCUGUUUUCCAUCAUUUGAAUCUUAUCACAUAAGAAAAGCACAGAUCUAAACAGACAUAGCUGUGCAGAGUCUCCUGCAGCUACAACCUGCACCCAUGAGUUCUUUUUGUUAUUUUUUAGACCACCAACAUGAAAACUUUCAGUUCUGACUCCAGAUGGGAUUAUUUUCUCUUCUUAUCUUUAAACACGUUUUAUUUAUUUCUCCUAACACAACUGUUACAUAACUGAAAAAAAAUGAAAUAUGAAAAUUGGCAAACUGAAGAAAAUAGCAUCCAGAUUAUGACUUGAAACAUUUCAGAAUUAGGCUCCAAAAAAUAUCUUUUGGACGGUUAUGUAAAAGAAAGACAGACUUGAAUCUGAGCAGGUAUUUUGUCCUAAAUCUUUCACUGAUUUAAUCAAUCUUCAAAAAAGUCCAGUUUAAGAUUUCAGAGUCAGUUUUUUGCAGCAAGAUCAGAGAAAUUAGAGUGUUUUUGUGUUAAGAUUUUAACGAGGGGAAAAAUUUUUAUAAGUUAUGAAUUGAUCUGAAAUUAAUGUCUGACUGAAGCUAUUUAUGAAAUCUUUGUGUAAUUUAACUUUUAAGAAAAUGACUGAAGCUCUUUGCUGCUUUGUGUCCGUUUUUUUUUUUUUCCCCGAGUGACAGGAUCAGCCUAACAAUCAAUUUUAAAAGUAAUUCUGCUUUAUGUGUAUGUGCUUAGUUGGACCUUUUUAUAGUAUUGCUUUACCUUUCAUCCCGCUUUAAACGCAACUAAACUAACUUUGGUAUCAGCUGUAACCGGCUUUAACGGGACAUAAGCUUAAAAGACACAAACUGGCGCUUCGCCAUUUAACAUUUCCGCAAAUGCAUCCAUUUUUUCUUUUUGAGCUGCUCAUCCUGUCCAGGGCUGAAUCCCAGCAUGCAUUGCAGCAGCAUUUGAGUUGAUUUAAGUUGGGGAUGACAGACAGGUAGUUUAGUUUUUCUAUACAUGCAGCUCCCUGGCUGCUUUACUUACACAUUUCCAUAAUGUCAUUAUGAGAUACAAAGAUGUGUCAGGUUCUUAAAACUUUUCCCCUAUAUUUUACUAAGAUAUAAAAUUCCCUCAUUUUCCACCUUAAAAGAUGUAGCUGUAACGCCCACCUUACCUCGUUUCCAAGAGGUUCACUACCUUCUUUUUCCUGUAAAAUACAAAGUGUUUGCAUGAAACUCUUUAAAAACUGUUAAAAAGCCAUAAACCUCUUUGCUCCACUUCUUCUGUCCUUGCGCACUUUAUAUUUCCUGCAGCCAUAUCAUUUCCUACCUUACCUCAGUUUUUAUGGAAUAUUUGUAUAUUAAGAAUAAUGCAAUAUUUUCUUUUUGCUCUGUUGCAUUAAUGUACACUUGUAUCCUUCUGUCAGCAAUGCAACACAAUAAACUGAAGUA